GGGAGCACUAUUCCUUCACUGGCUACACGCUUAGUUGCUAAGCGCCGUAAAGGGCACCUCGUCUUUCUCAGGCCUAUUGUUUAAUUUGGCCGACUUCGUUUGUCAUUGCCAUCGAAUGCCACAAGCACCGCAUUUGAAGUUUGCCUAACGUACAGAGGGAGGAGAAGUGGAGUCCAUGGCCACUUUAGCUCGAGGCUCCAGGCGUCGCAGUGACCGUACCCGCGCGAGGGCACCUGCCGGCCCCGCCCAUGCUGCUGCUCUUCCCGCGCGGCCCAGGGCCAGGCGGCCAGGCCGCCCGCAGGGCCGCCCGCCCCCGCUGGCCCGCCCACGCGCGGGCCCGCUGAGGGAAGACACAUUCCCAGCUUCCACAUCCUCAACAGCUCCACGCUACCGCUGAACCUGCUGGCCUUCCCGCUCACCGCCCCGCUGUUCGCGGUCUCGGGGAAUCAUCUGCUCCCCGGGGCCGAGCUCGCUUUCGCGCCGACCAUGGCCGCCUACACGUUCUACGCGGUCAUAAGCGACGGCAGCAACGCCUUCAGUCAGGUCGGUCAGACCUCGUGGGAGCUGUCGAAGGCAGGGGCCUCCUACGCACUCGAGAGUGCCGUCUACGCCACCGUUGCCACCGACAUCGCGACUGGUGUCGCAGCAACGGCGGCUGCCGCCACCGCCACCAUCGUCGCAGCACCGGCGGUUGCCGCGUCGGUCGGUGUGGCCACUUUGUGGGGCACUGCGAUGUGUUCUUCGAUGGCCUUUUCUUCGCUCACGGGGAGCUCCAUGGACUGGGCACGCCAGAGGAUGGAGCAGCUGGGUCGACAGAGAAGGGUUGCUGCUGCACGAGACGUCCCUGCAGUCUUCGAGGGCACGGAGUAUGUUGAGGCAUUCUGCUUCCACGAUGUCGUGACGGACGAGAUCGUGCGGGAUGCUUUUUGUGAGGCUUUCCCGACCAUCGCCACCGGUGAUGUAGUCAUGACCCGCGACGACGCUCAAGCUUUCUUCGCUGCAAUGGACCGGAAGUACUCGGACUGGAGGGUCGUGCAGAGCUUCCGCGACAGAUUCUUCGUGGUCACCGGCGGCUUCAGCGAACCAGAGCCGAUUCCAGGCACGCGGUGGCAGAGAACACGCUUCGCGCCCCUGGCCUUCGGCGAGCUGAGGGAGGAGUCUCCGUCGGCGCUCUCCCGACUGCUCUCCGGAUUGCGCAGCGGCGGCGAAAAAUGACGCCCAGGCAACGACUUGGGGCGUUGGAGAGGUGGGCGAGGGCUCCGGGGGCGUGGACAGCAUGGCCAGGGCCACGAGCUCGAUCCCAUGGCCGCCCCUUCUUCUUUCAACACGUUUCCCCUUGGGCCCCCUUUCGUCCGCGUUCAUGCCUCGGGCUACGAUGGGCUAACCCCCUUCCUGGCCCUCUCUUUUGCGCACCCGGAACGAGAGCAUCCCCCUUCGCAGGGCCGUGGGAACCAGGACCCUUGAAACCAGGAUUGUGCAUCAUCUUGAGCUCGAGAAAACGAAGAGAGGGGACCGGUUCGACCCACGGCUGCAAUUUUCUCUCGCAGUUGACCAAGGUCCCCGAUUUAGGGGCUCUGCCUUUUCUCUGGGCAUCCCC